AUGGCCCCCGUCAAGAAGAGCAAGAAGGAUGCCAACAGCAUCAACUCCAAGUUGGCGCUUGUUAUGAAGUCCGGAAAGGUCACUCUUGGUUACAAGUCUACCCUCAAGAGCCUCCGAUCCGGCAAGGCCAAGCUCAUCAUCAUUGCUGGCAACACUCCUCCUCUCCGCAAGUCUGAGCUCGAGUACUACAGCAUGUUGUCCAAGGCCCCCAUCCACCACUUCUCUGGCAACAACAUCGAGCUCGGUACCGCCUGCGGUAAGCUCUUCCGAUGCUCCACCAUGGCCAUUCUCGACGCUGGUGACUCCGACAUCCUCAGCGACCAGCAGGCUUAA